AUGGCGACGCGGCCUGGCCGGCCGGCCGUGCUGCUUUCUCUGCUGGUGUCUUUUUAUGCCUGUGUCCACACGGAAAACUGCAUGGAUGUACGCUCGGAGCUGGAGGAGGAAACCGAGGGCAGCAGACCGGACAGCCACCUCCCUGCCUUCUCGGUGCCCUCUGCCAGUCGAGGCUACUACACUGCGGGGUCCCGACGGACCAGGCACUCGGUGCCCAUGGAGCUUUUUGAGCGGUGGGAGCGUUACCAGGCCGACUGUCGACGGAGGAUGGCGGAGCAGCCGCGCCCAGAAGGCCUGGUUUGUAACCGAACCUUCGACAUGUACGCCUGCUGGGACGAUGGGACCCCCAAUACCACCGUGCGGGCCCCCUGCCCUCCCUAUCUGUCCUGGCACCAAGAAGUGAGUUGGGGCUCGGUGCUGCGCCGCUGCGGGCCCGACGGACAGUGGGAGAAGGAUGCGGACGGCCAGGACUGGCGCGACCAUUCCCAGUGCGAGAACCCCGAAGAUCUCGGACAUUUCGAGAGCCAGAAGCGGAUGCUGGAGCACUUGCAGGUCGCCUAUACGAUCGGCUACUCCCUGUCCUUCGCUGCGCUGCUCCUCGCUCUACUGCUGCUCGGUUCCUUCAGGAGGCUGCGUUGCACCCGCAAUCACAUCCACAUGAACCUGUUCGCGUCCUUCCUGCUGCGGGCCGCCGCCAUCCUCACACGCGAUCGUCUGCUCCGGGCCCCGCUGGGCUGGGAGCUCCUCGGCGAGAGUGGCCGGCCCCAGCUGCUGUCCGAACAGGUCCUGGUGGUCUGCCGGCUGGCCCAGGCGCUUACCCAGUACUGCGUGGUCACCAACUAUGCCUGGCUGUCGGUGGAGGGGCUCUACCUGCAUAGCCUCUUGCGGCUCCCGGCUUUCUCCGAGCGCAGCUGCUUCCGGAGAUACCUGCUCCUUGGCUGGGGCUUCCCCGUGCUCUUCGUGGCGCCGUGGGUGAUGGUCCGCUACCUCUUCGAGAACACGCUGUGCUGGGAGCAAAACAAAAUCAAAGGCUUCUGGUGGAUCAUCCGCACUCCUAUCCUGAUCACCAACUUGAUCAACUUCUGCAUCUUCGUCCGCAUCGUCUGCAUCCUCCUGUCCAAGCUGCAGGCGCACCAGAUGCGCUGCUCCGACUACAAGCUCAGGCUGGCCCGGUCCACGCUGACCCUGCUCCCAUUGCUUGGUGUCCACGAGGUGAUGAUCGUGACGGUGAUCGUAGAAGACAAGGUCCAAGGCACCUUCCGCCUCACCAAGCUCUUCUUCGACCUCUUACUCAGUUCCUUGCAGGGCCUGUUUGUCAGUGUGUUGUAUUGCUUCAUCAACAAGGAGGUGCAGGCUGAGCUGCGACGACAGUGGGCUUGCUGUCCCCGGGGGGUCCUGAGCCCCCUGAGGCCGGGCCGCCCUCCCGUUGCCCCCUCUGCCCCCGGUGCCGCCCCCGGUGAUGCUCAGCUCUGCAUCUGCCCCCGGGCGGCCUGCCAACCAUGGGAGGACCCUCUCCCCAGCGGGACACAGCACACCACCCUGCCCGUCUCCUCCGAGACCUUCUGCUACGCCGCACCCCACUUCCCGUCCACGGUGGAGGCCCCUCGCUCUCCUUCCCGGGCGCUUCUGGGAAAUGUAGUCUCGCCUCCGAACGAAACUACAUGUCCCAGAGGGCCGUGGGGCGAAAACCCGGAAGUGGGGGUUGCAGACCAGCGCGAGCCCCUGGAGCGGUGGGACCCGCGGCGCCUGGAAGGGGAGGCCCCGGUGUCGGUAGAGACUGGGCCUAGGGCCAGGAUUUCCCGGUCGGAGAACCUCCCCGCACCCUGGUCUGGGGCAUCCGGAGGAGGGAAGAUUCAGGCCCGGCCUUGGGCCGAGUUGGGGCCAGCCAGGUGGCCCCGGGCCCCCUUCCCUGCCCCGGCCAUGCGGUGA